AUGGCAGAGAAAGCUAUCUCAAACAAGGAACACCCUCUUGCUGGGGUCGUCCUCUGCUUAACCUCUGUGCUCCCAGAGCAACGGACUGAGUUAGCCACGAUUGCGAGUCAAAUGGGAGCGACCCACAAGUUCGAUUUAACCUCCGAUGUCACGCAUUUACUAGUCGGUGAAACGAAUACCCCCAAGUACAAGUUCGUUGCUCGGGAACGCCCAGACGUGAAGGUUCUAAAGCCGGAAUGGAUCCAAGCCUUACGAGAGUCAUGGAUGCAGGGAGGAGACACGGACCUUCGCACGCUGGAGGAGCAAUACAAACUCCCAACGUUUUCAGGGCUGUCUAUUUGCAUUACGGGGUUUGAAGAUAUGGCCCUCCGGAAUUACCUAGAAGACACUGCAACUGCGCAUGGAGCCGAAUUCAGGAAGGAUCUCACAAAGAGUGUAACUCAUCUCGUUUCCAGGAACACGGAAGGACAGAAAUACAAGUUCGCAACGCAGUGGAAUAUUAAGGUCGUGACAAUGAACUGGUUCAAUGACAGUAUAGAGCGCGGAAUGGUCCUCGAAGAAACCCUUUACCAUCCACUUUUACCGGCAGAACAACAAGGUGCCGGUGCCUGGAACCGAUCAAUACCUGCAGUCAAGGAAAAGACAUCAAGUGCCGAGACAGGGUCAAAUCCACGGCCUAGGAAACUGCGCAGAAUGGCGAGCGCCAAACUCGAGCAUCAGAAUGAGAACAUCUGGGGUGACAUUGUAGGCACAGUAUUCGAAGGUUCUGAUCCCAAGAAGUCUCAAAAAAGUCAACGAACGAAUUGUGGCUCCGCACCUGCGAAGAAUAGACCCGCACUUCAAGAAGCGAAUUCGUUUGCCAGUGCAACUACUUUUGCAGACACGACAGAAGCGCAACCCGUGCCUCACAAGCAGGCCCCAGAGCCUGCGGCCAACGGUCAUAAAGGAUUUUUGCAUGACUGCUUCUUCUUUAUCUUUGGGUUUUCAUCGAAGCAGACAAGUGUGCUGCGCCAGCAUCUGACAUUCAAUGGUGCUCAGAUAGUUGGGUCGUUAGGUGACUUCUCUCACCCCAAUAUUCCAAAAACUGGACAUGGGCUUUACCUCGUUGUAUCUCAUAAAACUCCGCGGUCCCAGAUUCCCAGCACAGACGACAUGGCCUUUGAGUGUGAAGUUGUGACGGAUAUGUGGCUGGAGAGAUGCCUUGAUGCGAAGACAUUUGUUUCGCCAGAAUCUCAUGUGGCAAAUACACCGAUCCCUGUAUUUCCUAUACCAGGUUUCCAAGGACUAAAAAUCUGCUCUACGGGAUUUAUGCGCAUUGAUCUCCUGCAUCUAUCCAAACUGGUAAACUUAAUUGGUGCAUCGUAUAAUGAGUAUAUGACACAAAGUGCUUCCGUUCUAAUUUGUAAGGACCCAUGUUCUGUAAAUCAGGACAAGCUACGGCAUGCUUCAGAAUGGGGCGUCCAAGCCGUCUCUGGAGACUGGCUUUGGGAUUCUAUCCAAGCGGGCGAGAAAAAGCCAUUCGAAACCUACAUUAUCAGGGGGCUCUUGUCGCAAAGCGAUAAGGACGCAGGGAGACGACAAAAUCUCUCUUGUAGCAACAGCACAAGUCAAGGGGCUCCAACCCGCGUCAUCAACGAGAGACAACGCUCAAGUAGCGAGAUUACGGCGGUCAAGGAAAAUACCCCAGACAUAUCACGAUCCAAAAGUAUUACUGAGAAACGCAAGCAUCCCAGCGAUGAGACUACUCAGAAUUCUCUUCAAGAAAAUCAACAAUUCCCACAGAAAAGAGUAUCGGAAUCAAUCCCACAUUCAAAGUCUCCAUCGCCCCAGAAAGACCAAUCUCGGCCCACUACCAGCUCUUCUUUGCUAAAACGCCAAGAAACGGAUCAAUCAACUGCAUCCGCCUUCGACCUCGCCGUCAACGGUCUGUUCAAACAAGCGCGAGCAGCAAGCUCACGUUCAGUCACUGACUCAGGGGACCAAAGCGACCAACCUCGCUCCAGAAGGCGCAAACCACUCCUUGGCAGAGCACCCUCGCUCAAUUCGGCACGAAAUUUUGAGCAUUCAGCCUUCUCUCGCGCCAGCUCUAUCGAUACCCUGAACGAAGACGGCUGCGGCAGUGGCGCAGAAAGCAUUGCUACUGACAAAAAUGCAGCAUCACGAAUAAACAGUCGCGGCGAGCAGAGUUUCGCCUCCUUAUUUAGCGGGACACGCUUCGAGUUUGGCGCUGACAGCAAUCCUGAAGACCAGGAGGACGAGGAGCCCCCAAUGACACAGCUGAAUUACGAAGACCCCGACGCCGUAGCGAUGAGACAAAAGUUCAUGCAGCAUGCCGGGAGGCUCGUUGAUACGGAACCAGCGGGUCAGGGAUUGGCUGUUAGAGAGGUACGGGAGUUGGAGGAUGUCGGAUGGGGUACUGGCCGGAGGACGAGGCAGGCUGCUAAGUCCGCGGAUGAUCUAGAGUAUUGA